GCUGCGCAGGGGCGGCUGGUGGCAGCCGCUCGCUCGCCCACGCGCUGCCGGUGCCGGGCUGCGGCGCCGACACGGUUAAGGCACCGGCGGGAUCGGGAGCCGGCUGCAGCCACCGGCGGAGCCAAACUUGCCGAGUCAGGAUGUGAGAGCGGCAGGGACGGCUCUGCAGCAUCCUUGGGUGCUGUCGCAUCCCGGGGCGCGGGGGGCUCGGCUUCCCCUCUCUGCCACACGCCUUUUCCCGGGGACAGAGCGGGAAUGGGGUAGGAACCGUCAUCCGCUGCGUUUGCCGCCGGCUGUAGCAGCUGCUGUGCGCCGGCACCGGCGCUGCUUCCCGAGACCCGCGGAGCCCGCCGGCAGCCGGGUUUGACUCAUUGCCUUGUGCCUCCCGACCGCGCAUCGCCCUCCGUCCGAGCACCGGAGACAGGGGUGAGGCGGCGAGUGGCUCCGGGGAGCCCAGGCUGGCUCCAUGUAUCCCGAAUCCACCACUGACUCCCCAGCGCGACUCUCACUGCGGCAGACGGGCUCCCCAGGGAUGAUUUACAGCGCGAGAUACGGGAGCCCCAAGCGCCAGCUCCAGUUCUACAGGAACCUCGGGAAGUCUGGGCUGCGUGUGUCCUGCCUGGGUCUGGGAACAUGGGUGACUUUUGGAGGGCAGAUCACAGAUGAGAUGGCAGAGCAGCUGAUGACUUUAGCUUAUGACAACGGCAUUAAUCUCUUCGACACAGCAGAAGUCUACGCUGCUGGCAAGGCCGAGGUGGUGCUGGGGAACAUCAUCAAGAAGAAAGGGUGGAGACGGUCCAGCCUGGUCAUCACCACCAAAAUCUUCUGGGGAGGAAAGGCUGAGACGGAGAGGGGCCUGUCCCGAAAACACAUCAUAGAAGGUCUGAAGGCAUCGCUGGAGCGGCUGCAGCUGGAGUACGUGGACGUGGUGUUUGCCAACCGGCCCGACCCCAACACGCCGAUGGAAGAGACAGUGCGAGCCAUGACCCAUGUCAUCAACCAGGGGAUGGCCAUGUACUGGGGGACCUCGCGCUGGAGCUCCAUGGAGAUCAUGGAGGCGUACUCGGUGGCCCGGCAGUUCAACCUGAUUCCGCCGAUCUGCGAGCAGGCCGAGUACCACAUGUUCCAGCGGGAAAAGGUGGAGGUGCAGCUCCCUGAGCUCUUCCACAAGAUAGGUGUUGGAGCCAUGACCUGGUCCCCACUGGCCUGUGGCAUUGUCUCGGGAAAGUACGAUGGGGGCAUCCCCCCCUACUCCCGUGCCUCGCUGAAGGGAUACCAGUGGCUGAAGGACAAGAUCCUGAGUGAAGAGGGCCGGCGGCAGCAGGCAAAGCUGAAGGAGCUGCAAGCCAUUGCUGAACGCCUGGGCUGCACCCUGCCCCAGCUCGCCAUCGCCUGGUGCCUGCGCAACGAGGGUGUCAGCUCUGUCUUACUGGGGGCCUCCAAUGCCGACCAGCUGAUGGAGAAUAUUGGAGCAAUACAGGUCCUUCCAAAGCUGUCGUCUUCCAUCGUCCACGAGAUCGAUAGCAUCCUGGGCAACAAACCAUACAGCAAGAAGGACUACAGAUCCUAAGCGCGCCGCCCGAGCGCGCCGCCCGCCGCGCAGCCCUCGCCGCCCGUUCGCUUGCUUUACGCUUCGUUGGAGCAAAGUGGAGAGUGUGGUUUUGCACCGAGAGCCAGCGCUCCCGCCCGCGCUGCCCCGGACGUGGCUCUGCGGCGCAGGGACGGCCGGCGGGAGGCGAGCCCCGGGCUGCCCGGCCGCCCUGCCCGCGGCCGGAGCCGCCGCGGGACCCGUUGCAUGCGUGGCUCCUGGGGCGCGGGGUGCACGCGGUGCUGUACGCCCACGAGGCCGACAACACGAAGCUGUUCCCCA